CCAUCUUCCAACCAACCAUCCUCAGCAGCAGGCUGUCCAUAAUUCUUCGUUCAGAGAGCAGAGUGUAGAUAAUCCGUAAGAGCAAAAGAAGAAAAGCUUGGACUUUAGCUAAAGACCAACUAAACUGACAAAUUCAAUAGCAUUUGGCGACAUUCCAGACUGAGAAAAACCCAUUUUUGCACUGAGUUCGUACAUGAGAGAGUGACGCUCAGUAUCAAAAUUGCUCAAAUUUCCCUAAAAUAUUCAGUAUAGCAACUUUUCCCGGGAAAAUUAGACAAGAAACCAAACAGAGGUAGCGAGAGGAAGAAAGAGGGAUACUUGGAAUUGGUGACGUCGGUGAAGAGGGCAAAGGACAGAGUGUUCCCGCUGGAGAUUUCGAAAACCUUCAUGGCUGUUCCCCUUGUUGCUGCUGCUGUCUCCACGAUACUUGGACGAUAAUCAAAAUCCCAAGUAAAAUCUGCCGUCGCUUUGCUAGGGUUUAUCUUUGGUUCCUGAUAAACUGUGGGGCAUCUAACACGACAACCUCGGGGAACCUGACGUACGUACCGGAUGAUGGGUUCACGGCAGCCGGGAACAAGACCACCAUAAAGAACCCGGACGUCAUGCCCAUCCUCAGAGACCUCAGAUUCUUCCCAGACAAUUCCGCCAGGAAGUACUGUUACAUGAUCCCCGUGAGCAAGGGCGGGAAGUACCUCAUUAGGACUUCCUACUUCUAUGGUGGGUUUGAUGGCGGGACAGUCCCUCCGGUGUUUGAUCAGAUUGUCGAUGGCACCAAGUGGAGCACCGUUGACACCAGGGAGGAUUACGCCAAGGGGCUGACAAGCUAUUACGAGCUUGUUGUUGCUGCCAUGGGGAAGAUCCUAAGUGUCUGCCUUGCACGGACCCCGCAGACUGUCUCGGACCCAUUCAUCUCGGUCCUGGAGGUAGAGUACCUCGACGAUUCAGCGUACAACUCAACAGAUUUCAAGAAAUACGCUCUUGGAACGGUGGCUAGGACCACAUUUGGGAACAACGAGGAUGACAUGAUUGGUUAUCCAGAUGAUCAAUACAACCGGUACUGGCAUCCCUUCAUGGACAAUAACCCGACAGUCGGUAGCAAGUCCAUUAUAGAGCCUUUCAGCUUCUGGAACGUCCCUCCAGUGAAGGCCUUCUCGACUGCUCUAACAACUAGCCGAGGGAAGACCCUGAAGAUCCAGUGGCCCCAGGGUUCACUCCCCAAGAGCCUCUACUAUAUCUCGCUGUACUUCCAGGACAGCCGAACCAAGAGCCCCUACAGUUGGAGGGUUUUCGACGUCUCAAUAAAUGGGAACAAGUUCUAUUCGAAACUCAAUGUCACAACUGAUGGGGUUUCUGUGUUCGCUGCAGAGUGGCCUCUGUCUGGGCAGACCGAGAUCGAGAUGACUCCUGGGGACGGAGUUCCUGUGGGGCCAUUAAUCAAUGCUGGCGAGGUUUUCCAGUUAUUGCCUAUGGGUGGAAGAACGCUUACUCGAGAUGUGAUGGCCAUGGAAGAUUUGGCUGAAACUUUUGACAACCCACCUUCCGAUUGGAGUGGAGAUCCCUGUCUUCCUAAGGAUCACUCAUGGACUGGAGUUACCUGUUCCGAUGGAAACCUUGCUCGGGUUGUCAGUUUGAACUUAACAGGAAUUGGGCUAUCCGGAACUCUGCCUUCCACCUUGGGGAACUUAACCGCAUUAUCAACCCUGUGGCUGGGGGGUAACAAGCUCUCCGGAAAUAUCCCGGACAUGGGGACCAUGAGGGAACUUAAGAGCCUGCAUUUGGAGAAUAACCAAUUUGAAGGUCCAAUACCAAAGUCACUGGGCGAACUCCCAGAAAUCCAGGAAAUAUUUCUCCAGAACAACAAGUUUACUGGUGGCAUCCCUGAGAACAUGCGGAGAAACGGCUUAACUAUUAAGGUUUAGACCGGGAAAAGUCUGUUGUGCUAGGAGUGGGUUUACUGGAAGCUGCCGACCGCAAUCUGGAGACAGUGAACUUUCACUACUGGCAGAUGUGGAUGUAGAUGGGAUAUUGAAUCAAACAUGGAAGAACUUUUGGGUACAGAGACAAAACAAGGGACUAAUCAACAAUUCUUUGUUCUUGGCAGUUGGGGGAUGGGCUGUACAAGGUUGUAAUGUAAUCUACUCUGUGAACUGUACAUUUAUGUAAGACAACUGAUGAAAUAUACGAAUCAUGAGCCGAGAGACAAAAUUUCGAAGGA